CGGAGUGCUAAACGCUGAUUGGACGGCUAAGAGGAGACGGCGCAGUACGUUCUGUGAUUAGUGGCUGGUUUAGCUAUCUGCGCUAUUCGUGUUAAAAAGGAAGAAAAAAAAAAAACUGCUUUACGUAUAUAGACGAUUUACAAAGGGAGCAAUUUUAUAACUGCUGUGGUUUAAGCUGGUGACAAAUAUUUUCAGCAGAAAUGGAGCGGAAGGCUCUUUGGGGGAUGGGUUCAGUCCUGGCUGUGUCUAUCCUGAUUUUGGGAAUCGUUGUUCCUAGCUUGGCUGGAUAUGUGGAGGUGUUAGCAGCCAACCCAGGGACCGGCUUUGCAGUGGCAGAGCCACAGGUGGCCAUGUACUGUGGGAAACUCAACAUGCAUGUCAACAUACAGACAGGCCACUGGGAGCGGGACCCUUCCGGAACCAAGAGCUGCAUUAGAAACAAGGAGGGUGUGCUGGAAUACUGUCAGGAGAUGUACCCUAAACUGGAAAUCACAAAUGUUCUGGAAGCCAACCAACCAGUCAAGAUUGAGAACUGGUGCAGGAAAGGAAAGAAACAGUGCAACCCUCAAGCUCACACUGUGGUCCCGUAUAAAUGCUUGGUUGGAGAGUUUGUGAGUGAUGUGCUCCUUGUCCCAGCAAAGUGUCAUUUCUUCCAUAAGGAGCGCAUGGACAUGUGUCUCAGUCAUCAGCAAUGGCAGGGAGAAGCAAAGGAGGCUUGCUUAAAGGCGAACAUGGUGCUGCACAGCUAUGGAAUGUUGCUGCCCUGUGGUGUUGAUAAGUUUCAUGGCACCGAAUAUGUUUGUUGCCUGUCUGCUCCUGCUCAGGAGCCUACGCCAACUGCCAUUGCCUCUCAGGAGGAAGACGCAGAUGAUGAUGACAAUGAAAUGCAGGUUGGGGAGGACGAGGAGGAUGGGCAGGAUGGGGUAGUAGAGGAGAGUGAGCCAAUAAUGCAACAGCCAACCCAGAAGGAAGAUGAAGCUGAGAAGGUAGAUUAUGAGGGAGAAGACGACGACCAGUACCACUAUUUGUAUGAAGAUGAGGACAGAGACAGUGAGGAGAAAGAAAGAAAGAAAAAGAAGGCCACUGUUGUUGAGAGCCAAGACACUGACCUAUCUCUCCAGGAUAUUAAAGCUGUGUGCUCCCUGGAGGCAGAGACGGGCCCGUGCCGUGCCUCUAUGCCCCGCUGGCGCUUUGACAUUCACCAUAGGAAGUGUGUGCACUUCAUCUAUGGAGGCUGUGCUGGCAACCGCAACAACUUUGAGUCUGAGGAGUACUGCAUGGCUGUGUGCAAAUGCCUGAUUCUACCCUCCACUCCACAGCCCAUAGAUGAUGUGGAUGUGUACUUUGAGACUCCAGCUGAUGAUCAGGAACAUAUCCGCUUCCAGAAGGCCAAGGAGCAGCUAGAGAUUAGACACCGCAACCGCAUGAAGAGGGUGAGGAAGGAAUGGGAGGAGGCAGAGCAUCAAGCCAAGAAUCUGCCUAAAGUAGACAGACAGACCUUGAUCCAGCAUUUCCAGGCUAUGGUGGAGUCUCUAGAGGAAGAGGCAGCCAGUGAGAAGCAGCAGCUGGUGGAGACUCACUUGGCUCGGGUAGAGGCAAUGCUAAAUGACCGCCGCCGUUUUGCCCUAGAGAACUACCUUGCUGCUCUGCAGGCCGACCCACCUAGGCCACACCGUAUACUGCAGGCUCUGAGGAGGUAUGUCCGUACAGAGAAUAAGGACCGGCAGCACACGAUUCGUCAUUAUCAGCAUGUGCUUUCAGUUGACCCUGAGAAGGCAAUCCAGAUGAAGUCCCAGGUGGUGACCCACCUGCGUGUGAUUGAGGAGAGGAUGAAUCAGAGUCUGUCUCUGCUCUAUAAGGUGCCCAAUGUGGCAGAUGAGAUCCAGGACGAAAUUGAUGAUCUUCAGGAGCAGAAGGCAGACAUCGAUCAGUUCCUGUCCUCAGAGUCACACCCUGAUGUCACUGUCUCUUCUGAGGAAAGCGUGGAGGUCCCAUCUUUCGAGGGCAAACCCUUCCGCCCCUUCCAAGUCGACUCCCUGGGCUCAAAGCCUGAACCUGAGGGCGAUCUCUCUGAGCCCCCACAUGCCUUCAAGAAAGGCUCUGGAAUGAUGAAUAGUCUGGACGGUCUGAUUGGAGCGGAGGAGAGAGUUAUCAACAGUAAGAACAAGAUCAGUGACAGUGAGGUGAUUGAUGAGACAAUGGAUGAUAAGGAGGUGAUUUACAGUGCUGAGAAAGUCAGCAUUUGGAAUGUUGAUCCUCUGUUCAGUCACAGGGGGAACCAGGAGAUAUUUCACCCCCUGGGUGAGGAGUUUAGCUUUGGAAAUGGUACUCUGAUUGGCUUGCUGGUGAUUGCAGUUGCUAUAUCAACUGUGAUUGUGAUCAGUCUGGUCCUGCUAAGAAAGAGGCAGUAUGGCACCAUCAGCCAUGGCAUUGUGGAGGUUGAUCCUAUGCUGAGUCCUGAGGAGCGUCACCUGAGCAAGAUGCAGAACCAUGGCUAUGAAAACCCCACCUACAAAUACCUGGAGCAGAUGCAUAUCUAAUUUGGACCAUCAGGGGGUGAUAUGGGGCCACAGAAUGGUGAACAUACUACUGACCAAUAAUAUAGCUGCUCUCUUAGAAUCAGAUUUGCGUAUCGAGUUCAUUAAGAAACAAAACCAAGUUAUUUAACACUGCAGCUAGUUCUAUUAUUGCAACUGCUGUAUCAUGCAACUCUGUUUAUAAUCUUAAAUUUAAUCUUUUAAAUUGUAAUAUAUUUAAUUUUAAAAUCUGAUUAUGAAUCAUCUGAUAAAUCCAAUUAUGAAAAACUUUUGGUUUUUUCCAUUCAGUAGCUUGCUUGUACAUGCAGGUUAUUUGUACCAACUUAAAUGUAUUGUAAAUCAAAAUGAGAAAGUAUAAUGAGUGAAAUUAUUUCAUUUACUUUAUGUACUUUAUUAUUAAAACUAAAUUCUCUCAGGCACACUUGUUUUGUUUCAAGCAAAAUAGAAUUGUUUGAGAAGGCAUAUUUGUCACAGCGCCACAUGUUUGGUCAAAUUAAAUUGUGUACUUUAUAGAUUGUGGGUAUUUGUUAGAUUGAGGCAGAGAGGAUUAUUGGUAGAAAUCUCCAGUCUCCCAUGUUUAGUGAACAUCAAUUUAAUGUCAUUUACCACACAUGUGACACUUCAAGCUUUCUAACUCACUGGUAGUGCUAAACUGACCACAAUUUUGCACUAAAGAACUGUUUACUGAUUGCAUCCAUUGACAAUAUUUUUGCCAAAAGUAUCAGGCAGUUGUUUGAAGUUGGUAAAAUACUGAUCACUGAUAGCAAAAACGUAUCAUGAGACCUGGGAGCUGGAGCCACAUUCAGCAUUUGGAUCUUUUGUAAAACUGGUAAAAUUCUACAAAACACAAAAUAUGUUUUAACAUUUUUGCUUUUUUAUUCAUCAUUAUUUUUAAAGUUCAGAAUUGUUUCUAUUUCGUUCUUCUUCCUGUGGCUUUCACUAUGCACCGUAUUGGCUUGAUCUUGAGCCCUGUAAUUGCCUGCUGGAUUGUGGGAAGGAUAAGGGGACACUAAUAUAAGAUUGAUAUAUUGAUUAAAAGUAGCUGAUUCCUUUGAAAACAACUUUGUGGUUGCAAGCAGGAAACAUCAAUAAAGUCACUUCUUCCAUAGUAA